AUGUCAAGGAAACAUUUCUCAACUAUCACCUGCCUUCUCUUCGUCCUCAUCACAAUCGCAAGCGCUGUUCCUUCGCCACUCAGUCUGCUCAGCCCCCGGCAACAACAAAGUAAUCAGCCUAUCUGCAGCGAAUAUUCGACCAUCGCAAACCUGUCCAUUGUUGGUGCCAAUUCUACAUACCGAGCCGCAUACCUUAAAGCUUCCCCUCAAGGCUACGACCCGGCCAGCGCACCCCUCGACUCCGCAAUUCCCAAGCUGCCCAGUUUUCAAUUUAAUGCCAGUAUCAAUGCCGAGUGUGGCAAUUUGACGGAGGUGGCAAUUAAGGGCGCCGCGACAAACUUUACCCAAGGGCAGGUAUUACAGUUCAACAUCAAUUCCGCCGUGCAGAUGAGGGCAGGUUCAUUGGGGAUGGCGGUGAUUAUGGCUAUAGUUGUGGCCACGGUUAUGGAUAUAUUAUAG